AUGUCUGGAGGCCCUGUUCCUAUUUGGAAGAAAUAUACCACUGGCUCCACCGGUAUUUGGGAGAGGAUUAGAAGGUUAUUGGUUUUGGUUCCAAAUCGUUCCUCAGGUAAUCCACUUGUUCCACUAUAUAGAGUUCCACCACCAGGAUCUCAACCAAAGGCCAAAGAUUACACAGAUCCAUUUACCAUACCUGCUGGUAAUAUAAUCAAAAAUCAAUAUUACAAAAGAGAUCACAGAAGAAACUAUCCAAGAGUUUCAUCAUUUGACCAAAACAAAAUUUCUGGAUUAUUAAAGUUGGGAACCGAAGCCAGUCCAAGAGUAUCAAUUGGCGAUAAAGGUUACCUGGAGCUAUUGCCAUUCAAAACACCAGGGAGUGAGCUAACUUAUUUAUCUGAAACAUUGUCAAAUGUGCCAGAAAGUGUAAUUAAAGGGCAAGUGCUUGGUGUUAACGGUGAAGCUAUAACUGCUCCGAAUUUAAAUAAAGGCAAAAAAUGGGUCAUUUUAACAGAAGCUCAGUCUGGAAUGUUCUCUUCAGAGUAUCCAUGUAGAUUAUUCAACCAAGUGCCAAACGCCUAG